AGAAGCUAGAGUUACAGCCCUUGCCAGACAUUAACAACACUGUGAGGUCGAUGGAAUCUUUCAAUCGUCAUGUUUCUGCUGACCAUCAGUCCAUAAAUGGAGCAUCCAGACACUAUUUCAACAGCAGCAGAGGAUGAUGUUAAGGCUAGCAAAGUGUUGGCUGAGACAGCCACAAAAAUGGAUGCAUCAUCACACCUACCUGAAGAUUACGAUGAACUUAUCGAUCUUCAUGCUCAUUUUGGAGACUCAUCAACACCUUCAUCAACUCAAGUGAUAGAUGGUACAGAGUUUAUCAGGUUAGACAGACCUCAUGCUUACAGACCAAGCAUGCAGCAUAUCAGCAUAGACAUCAACUCCUAUAAACGCUGGCGCAGAAUUGCCACUGCUCAAGGACUUUUCACAGAUGCACAGAUUGCUAAUUUCCUCACACAGCACUAUGAAAAUACUGCAAAUGGAGUUUCCUUUGCAGCUCGCUGCAUUAACUGCAACACCCCCUUGAGCUUGACCUGUAUCAAGUGUAGCCUGUUGCAGCAAACUGACUUUACCCAGACUUCACCCAUGUCACUGCCAGCUGAUAUUUCCACCAAUGACAUGACAUCACCCAGUAUCUCAGUUGUUACUUGUGACAGUUCCUUACAGCACUCCAUUCAUGGCAGUGGCAAUAAUGUUCUUCAGUCAACCAGUCCAAUCAUAGACAAUAGCAUGUUACAAGCUUCAGUUCCAGUUGUCAGCAUUCUACAGUCAGCCAAUUCUUCCAUUGAUGAUGGCAGCCUGUUGCAAGCCACAGUUUCAGAAGUCAGUAGCAGUGCCCUGCAACCAAGCAUCACGUCCAGUGGAAACAAUCUGGAUGCUCUGUCAAGCACAAUUACAAGCACCAAUGAUGAGGAAAUAAAAAGUGAGGUUCUUACACUGCCAUCAUAUGACCAUAACAGCAAUGACACUGGUUCUUGUCCAUCUUCAUCCUUGCUUUCUACACACACUGUCUCAUUAUCUUCCAUAGCUCCCAUACUGACGUCCCCAACAAUGACCAUUUUGAAUGAUGCAUCACAUAAUUCUGAAAGUGAUAAGGGAGAUCCAUCCAAGAAAACUGUGAAGAAAAGUAGUAAAGUGAAAGGUGAAAAGGGGCUGUCCUGCAAAGAGUGUGGAUGCCAGGUUGCUCAUAUAUCUCCAAGUAAAACAUCUUCCAAAAAACGGAAGCAGGUAUUCCAUUCAGAAAAACCUUACAAGUGCUCAGAUUGUGAUGCAGCCUUCACUCAUACUCGCAAUCUGAAAGCUCAUUUUUGGAAGAAACAUGCCCCCUCAGGAAAACCAUUUAAUUGUAAUUAUUGCGAGAAAACCUUCCUCAAUUCACGUGAUCUUCGUACUCAUACGUACAAGCACACUGGUGAGAUGCCCUAUAAGUGUACAUACUGUACAGCUGCAUUCACUUUGGCAUGCAACCUGAAGACUCAUCUACGUGUUCACACUGGGGAGAGACCUUUUAAGUGCAAAGUGUGUGGGAAAGCCUUCACAGAAUCAGGUGCAUUGAAAGUCCACAUGAGGAAACACACAGGGGAAAGGCCAUUCAAGUGUUCACAGUGCGAAAUGGCUUUUCCGAGUUCAGGGAAUCUAUCAAGGCACAUGCUGACUCACACUGGUGAGAAGCCCUACAUGUGUCAUCAGUGCUCCUCUGCUUUCUCCCAGCCUGGAAGUCUCAAGACUCACAUACGCACUCACACAGGAGAAAGACCGUACAAAUGCAAAGACUGUGGUGCUGCUUUUUCAGACAAUUCAACCCUCUGGAAGCACAAACGAAAGCAGAGCUGCCAAAAUCUGAAUCCAACGGCAAGCAAUGCAGUGACAUUAACACAAACAGCUCCUCUAAUACCCGUAGCUUUGGUGACAUCCACAAUACUACCAACAGUCUCCAGCUUGCCUUCAGAAGAAAACCAGCUUUCUCAGCAGCUCUCUUACAAGCCUCCAGCUCUUAAUGACACCCCAUUUAUUAAUGCUGUCAAUUGGUGCUUUCCCAUGCAGCAUCCUAUAAGUUACAUGUUGCUGCAUAAAUAUUAUUUCAGCUUUGUAGAUCCUGCAUUUAGGGUACAAGGACUAGAUCUUAGGAUUCUUGCUCUGAACGGCUCCAAAGUUCCAACUGGUGGUCCUGUUCUCCCCCCAACCCCAGCAUCAUCCUACGCCACUGCAGAAGAUGUUUUGCCUAAAAUUACCACAGACUGGAUCAGUCAGAAGACUGCUUUACCUAGAAUGUGGGUUAGUUUCUGGCCUGCUCAACAGGGGUACAUUGUACAUAUUUCUCACUGGCAUCAAUCAAAUUUUCUUCUGUGGAUUUGCGGUGCCUGUCAAAAAGUUAUGUCUGAUGCACACACAGCAAGGGAGUCUUACUCUCUGGUCAUGGAGACCACAGAGUCUCCAGCAUCAAAGGUGGAGGGGAUGGGGAUGGAUCCUGAGGACAAAAACAAAGCAGUAGAGGCAAAAACUGUGUGUAGACCACCAGAGGACUAUGAAGGCUUGCUAGACCUGCAAGUUCAUUUUAACUCUGCAGCCCGGCCAGUGGCUCCAGAAACAAUGACUGGAAACAUAAAUGUGGGUGGGCACCAACAGUGCAGACCUACUGUGCAGCACUUGGCCUUAGAUGGAGAAAUCUUUGAGAGGUGGCGGCAUUUUGGAAAUGCCCAUGGCAUGACAUCUGAUACAGAUAUUGCUACCUUUCUUAUGCAGCAGUAUGAAAAUACCAUUCAGUCCAUCAAUCGCUGUGCAGGAUGCCAUAUUCUUAUGCCUUUGUACUGUGCUAAGUGUUCAAUGGUUGCGCAAGAGACUAAUCCUGCUGCUGUUGGCUAUGGCCUGCAGAGCAACACUGGAGUGACACCUGUUCCUUUAGGUCCUUUUGUCACUGGGGACAGUCCUGCAGCUUUCCAGAUGCCAGCUUUACUGGAUUCUCAAACUUCAUUGUCCCAGCAUGAUGGAAAACAUAUUACUUACAUGACUGAUGACAACAGACUCAAGGUGCCCAAGAAGAAAAAGAAGAAACUGAAGAAAAUCAGAGGGAAGAAGGGGGAGUACACGUGCAGAGAAUGUGGUACUCACAUUGUUCAAACACGUGCCAAGAAAGGCACCCGGCGCACUGGUUACAAGCCCUAUAAAUGCAACGACUGUGGGGCAGCAUACACCUAUAGACGUGGCAUGGAGGAACACCUGUUCAAGAAGGAUGAGCUGACCAGUAGCUAUCAGUGCAUUCAUUGCGAAACCGUCUUGCUGAAUCCUAAUGACAUCAAACCACACACUGUCAAACACACUGGAGAGAUGCCUUUCAAGUGCUCUCAGUGCCCACUGGCUUUUUCUCUGUCAUGUAACUUAAAAACCCAUAUGAGGACGCACACAGGAGAACGACCAUUCAUUUGCACUGUCUGUGCACGAGCAUUUACACAGUCUAUUGCCUUGAAGGUGCACAUGCGCAAGCACACUGGUGAAAAACCAUUCAGAUGUGACCAGUGUGACAUGGCCUUUGCAGCAUCUAGCAAUCUCUCCCGACACAUGCUAAAACACACUGGCGAAAAACCAUACAAAUGCCAAUAUUGUGAGGCAGCCUUCUCCCAACCAGGGUCUUUGAAAACUCACACAAGGAAACACACUGGUGAAAAACCUUAUAAAUGUGAAACCUGUGGUGCAGCUUUCUCCGAUCACUCAACUUUAUGGAAGCACAAACGAAACAACAGUUGUGCUGCUGGUUCAAACCAAGCCCGUGGCAGAAAAGUAGCAGCACCACAAACACCUUCAACUCCACCACCACCACCACCUCCCCCAUUGCCACCACCCCCUACCCCGCCAGUACAGAUGACUAUGCCGAUGGGCAGUGUAAAUCAGCAGCAGACAUACAGACCAACUCAGAUAGAAGAACCACCAUAUGUUGGCAGUGUUACUUGGUGUUUUCCAAUGCAGCAUCACUGGAGUUGGUCACUUACCAUGGCUGAACCUGCAGGAUAUGAUCCUGUUCUGAAAUGUCUGUAUGUCAGUGAAGUGAUGUGCAAAGACUGGCAGUGCCUAGGUGUUAAUUUAGGUCUGGCCACUGAUACAGAUAUUGCCAAUUUUUUGAUUCAGCACUAUGAACGAAGCAAGGAAGGUUCACUGGGUAUUGGUUGCUGCACAGAAUGCAAAGGUCCUCUGAUAUUGUACUGUUUAAGGUGUGGCAGGCCAUCGAAGAAUACUACUUCUGGUUUGUUUGAAGAUGACCUGAAGCAACAGGCUGUUGUUAUAUGUUGUUCCCAGCUUGAUGGCUCAUCAGAAAUAGCACCAGAUGGCAGUGCUGUCAGACAUGAAAACAGUGACUACAAAGCAGUAGACAAUCCAGGAAGUAGAAGUUGUUACACUGUGGUGCCUGUGACAAGACUGCAACAUGCAGAAGCCAAACAAGGAAAUGCGCUAUUUAGCCAUCACCAGCAAGAUUCCACGUCAGCUACAAAAAACAAGGAUUGUCCUUUGCUGCAAACCUCCAUGCAAGAUUGCAGACCUGAAAUACAAGAACUGCCAUCACUGACAAAUACUUCUUCCAAAAGUUUAACAUCAGAGGAUCGCUCCAAAGAAUUGGCUGAUAUCUCUAAAACAACUUCCACAAUGUGCUUUGUUUCAGACAUGACUUAUGCAAAAGGAAACAAACCUGUCUUAGAUAAAUUGUCAGAAAAAAGUUUCAAAGCUGAAAUACCUGUAAAAUCUGUCCGACGAAGAGGAAGGCCACCAAAAAAUAAGUCACAGGUGAUGUCCAUGGUGGCUUUGCCUGAUAGUGAGAAAACAAGAGCAGUGCCGUUGAGACCACGGGAAUGUCGAGGAGGGGAAACAUUGAAUAAACCAGACAUCUUUUGUCCUGCACAGAAAUGCUCCUCACUGCCCACUCAGUUGACCUCUGGAUGUGAAAACCAGAACAAUAUGACAAACAUGCAGUGUGAAGAGAUGGAUGCUUGUCAAAGACAGCUGGAUAGAAAGAAAUCUCUCAAGUGCCCUAAGUGUUGGCGGUUGUUUGCCAGUGUUCAAAGUCUAAGCAACCACAUAAAAGUAGUGCAUGAAAACAUAAGACCAUAUGAGUGUGAAGACUGUGGUAAACAAUUCAGCCAGAGAGCACUGUUGAAGGUUCACAAACGGAAACACACAGGGGAGACUCCUUUUAGCUGUUGCCAGUGUGAUGCCAAGUACCAGAACAAGCUGGCAUUGAAAUGGCACAUAAUGACACAUGAUAGCAAGCAGCUGCACACUUGCAAUCAGUGUGGAGCUGGAUUUAAGUAUAGCAAUUCUUUGAAGGGCCACAUGAGAAAGCACACCGGAGAACGCCCCUACAGGUGUGAGCUGUGUAAUAAGACCUUCACAGAGUCCACCUGUCUCAAAGCUCAUCUGCGAGUUCACAAAGGUGAGAAACUGCACUGUUCUGUUUGUGGCAGGGGAUUUUUACAACCUUCUAACCUCAGGCGUCACAUGAAAACGCACAGGGAGCAGGUUGUCUCAUCAGAAACCGAGUCCAAAGAGGACCUUGAACCAGUUAUUGUGUUAAGAAGGCCAAAGAUAGGAAGACCCCGGAAACACUUUUUUGAGUUACCUUAUGUAAGUGAGGGGGAUAUGAAAGAAGAUGCAGAAUGUUCCCGGGGAGAGAGUAUGUGUAUUCCAGGACAGGCCAUCAGAUCUGGAAAACAACUCAGGAAAAGGCAGCAUUACUGUUACCAGUGCGGUGCUGCUUUCAUGAAUUCAGGAGGUCUGACAAUACAUAUGAGAAGUCACACAGGAGAGAAACCAUACAAGUGUGACCAGUGUGACCGAGCUUUUGCCAGUGCCUCUAUUCUCAAAAAGCAUGUCAAUGUGGUGCACAUGAAAGUUAAACCAUUCCAGUGUGACAUGUGUGAAAAAAGUCUUGGAACUUCUGCAGCACUGACAGUUCACAAACGCAAACAUACAGGUGAGACACCAUUCAAAUGCAGUCAAUGCUCUUCAGCCUUUGCAGCACUUGGAACUCUUCAGCAACACAUGAAGUCUCACAGUGACCUUCGACCCUUCUUGUGUGAAGAAUGUGGGGCAGCAUUUAAACAUGAAUACUCCUUGAAAAUACAUACCAGAAAACACACAGGUGAAAAACCAUUCAAAUGCCAGCUAUGUGACCGAGCCUUUAUGGAGGUGGUAGGGCUCAAGGCACAUAUGAGAGCUCAUACUGGUGAAAAACUUAUUUGCACAGUUUGUGGCACAGGAGUGUCUGGUUCCUCCAACCUUCGGCGGCAUAUGAGGACGCACACAGGAGUAAAACCCUAUGUUUGCACAACUUGCAAUAAGGGCUUCUGCUCCGCAGCUUACUUGAGAAUUCAUUUACGAAUUCAUACAGGAGACAAAAGAUAUAUGUGUGAGCUUUGUGGCAAAGCCUUUAUUCAGAAAGGCGAGAAAGUCAAACACAUGGCCAGGAGACACAAGCCACCUGAUGAGUCUUUAACGUCACCUUCUUCGAAGGCCAAGUGAGGAAUCACUAACAAGCUGUCUCAGUACCUGCAUGCAUUCUUAUGUCAUUAUAGCACUACUUGGGGAAGGACUUUAUUCUGCUACAAAAUGCCAUUCAGUUCCAACAUAAAGAAAUGCUCAUUUCAGAAGUGCACAAGGGUGCUGCUGACCAACUGAAAAUUUUAUGCUCAAGAUAUCAACCACUCUAGUGAAGGAGCUGCUGCAUUUAAAAGCGGAAUAAAUUGUCUCUAGAGUUGCAUAUCUUAAAAUUGUUUCUUGUAGUGUCUGCAACAUCAGAGUAAGUUUAAUUUGCAGUUUGCUUUUGCAUAUUUGAAGUAUUUUUACUUUUUCCCCCAAGGAAUGAUGUACAUUUUGCUUUUGCAUUUGUCAAAUAUAAAAUAUUAAACAAUAACUGUUAGUGGUUUCCUGUUUUAUAGUCAGGAAGAGUUACCACAGUCCUAAGUUCCAUUAUUGCCUAAAGACUGCUUGAUCCACUCAAUCCACAGCAGUUGUUGCAUGGCAAUUUUAAGCAUCUUGGAAAAUGAUGAGAUCAAAUACUAAAUUGUGAACAACCUCUUUUUCUUUGGUUUUGUGAUUAAUGAUAAAUAACAGUAGUUACCUUAUUUUAAAAUUCGUGUUUAUGCAGCCUCUAUGCUCAUUUCUUGUCUUGAAGCUAGGAAAAUGAUUAUCACAAGUCUGACAUUUUCAUACUUGAAGCAUAUUUUGUUGCUCUGUUUACUGUAAAUAAAUGAAUGGUAAAAUUGUGGUGUGUAAGAGUAUAUUAUCCUUUUCACUUCAGUACUGCUACUCAUGCUUCUUUCACCUUCUCUAUAUUGCAUAUGAAGUGAUGAGUAGAGAAGUAUUUUUUGCCGUAAUCACAAAGCGUACACAUCUUGUAUACAUUUACAUUCUUAUUGUAAACUGGUGUUUUACAUUGUCAGAUUUUCUUUCUUCAGGGUUUGUUGCAAUAACUCCUUUUAAAAUAUGGUUUUACCUAUGGGUUUUCUAAUGGUGUGUAUAACAUCACUUCAACUUUUGUUAAUGUUUUAAAUUCUGAAUGACUCGUAAAUGUGUCACAUUUUGUCUUGAGGUUGGACCUUGUGAUAGUGAGAAAUUUACUAUGAAAAAAAAGUUCAGCUGUAUAUCCUUCAUCUGUUCAACAUGUUAGGCUGAACUGGAUGCUGGUUCAUCAAUUCAGUCAUAGGAAUAGAAAUAAUGAUCUAACCACUUAGUAUUAAAUGAACAUUUACUUUCUCAGUGCAAUGAGCAUUCUUUGGAAUGGAUACCUGCGCAUUACAAAUCGACAUCAUCAUCAUCAUCAUCAUCAGUUCCUUCUUUGGUGUGAAUGUAUUUUUACAUUUAACCAUAGACGUGUAUAGAUUGUAAUUUUUUUUUAAUCCAUAGAUGAAUAAAUAUUGUCCACAUCUGUAGUCCACAUGACUGCUAUAGUGCUGUAGUGUGUAAUGCCAUGUCUAAACCACUUUUUAAGAAUGACACUGCAAAUACUUCACUUUCUUAAUAAUUACAAAUUAGAGAAUAUUCAGAUUGCACGCAGGUAGGAAAAUUGAAACUCUUGUUUUGUACUAUUAAAAGAAUUUUACUUCAUACUUUUACUUUGCUUAGUUUAUGUACGAUUUUUUGAAAAUGACAGAAAUCGAUGUCUUUAUUGGUAAUCCUAAAGAUUUACACAAAACGAGUUAAGCAUGCACAGUUAAGAUUUUAAUUAAAACGAGCCAUUGAAGCACGCUAGUGACCUCUAUAAACAUGCAAAUCGACUCAUAAAUCAAUAUGAGAAAAUGUAUUGGUAACAUAAAUGAUUUAUCAA